AUCUGAGGACAUUCACAGACAGUCAUGGAUCAUCCAUGGACCCAGAUGUGGAAAUGGACUCUGUGUGUCCUCUUGUGUGGGAUGUCUGUGGGCCGAGGAUCAGCUACACUACAUUACAUGGUGGCCAUCCCUGCUGUUCUUGAGUCUGGAGCAGAGACUAAAUUCUGUGCCAGUCUCCUGCAGCCCAAUGAGUAUCUGCUCAUGACUGUCACUCUGGUGUCGCAGAACAGCAGCGUAACUCUGCUGGAGAAAACAUCCAGCACAGAAUUGAAUGAGUGCUUCCAGUUUCAGGACACGGUGGUGGCUCUUCAGGCUCUGUCCCUCUACUCCAGUCUGGUGUUCAGUCCUGAAGGUUCCAGCACAGUGACAGUUCAGUCUCCCAGUGGUCCGCUGACCUUUGAUGUGACCCCAGACAACAAGCUGCUCUACCAGGAGAAGAUUCUGCAGGGUGAGGCAGGAAAGUACAGCCUGGAGGUGAAGGGGACUGGAUGUGCCUCAGUUCAGCUCAGAGCUGCCCAGCUUGUGGACCAUGUGGAACAGAAGGAUAAUCAUGUUGUGAUGUAUCUUCGGGAGCUACAGAGAGGGGUAGCCAUCAACCACAGCUUAGAGCUCCAACAGGAGCUUCCAGUGCAGAACCUAAAGCCAGUGAUCAAGAUCUAUGACUACUACCAGCCAAGUGACCAAGCUGAGACCGAGUACAAUUACCCUUGUGCUGCAGCAUAAAGAGUGAGGAUCACAUGAAGACACUAACGUCAGACCAAUGAUUUUACACUUUACAACCUAAUUCAUGCAAAUAUAAAUAUUGUGUUUAGUCAGUUUAGGUAUUCUGACAGUCAGAGGAAAUGGACACAUUUGGCCCUUUGGGUCCUUUAGUUCAGUGAACUGAAAUCUUCAUUAUUCAAACACAUAAUUAUAUCCACAUAUUGCUAUUCAUACCGGGCAGUCAAGAGUGACCACUGUGAAAAAAGGCAAAUCAAACUAAAAAAUAUUUGUUGCUGGAGUACUUCCAAACUUUGUAUUCCUCAAAACGAGGCUUGGAUUCUGAAGAUAACUGAGUUUGGAAGUUUGUGAAUGGACUCAGAAUCAUCCAUGUCUAUAUCUUAAUACACACAAAACCCUUGCUCAGUGUUGUCAGAUGUGGGGGAGGAGGAGGAGGGGGGGUUCAUCAGGCUUUUUUUAAAUGAGUUUAGCUGGUAAUAAACUUUGGGCAGGUUGUUAAAACUUGGACUGACUUUUCAAAACAUUUGGUGGGUUUUUAGAAAGUGUUCAUUGGAAAAUUCAGUCAAAAUAGUUGCCACUGAGCAGCAGAGAAGCACAAAAUGUCUGUACAUUUUAAUAAAGUGCAGUGUCCUUGCACUCAGUGAAUUUAUUUUUAAACAUGUAGAAUCUAAUGUGAUAUCGUCAUUGAUUAGGAGUCAGUAGUUCAUCAAGUGUCACUAUGCAAUAGUAUUGUAAAAGAGAAAUGCCAGUGCAGCUUAGUGAUUUAAAAUCUCAUUGUGUCAUCUCACUAUUUCACAGAGGGACAUGUAGGCUGGAUUUUUUUUUUCUCUGUUAAUAAUAAACACCGUUUAGAAACUGUA